UGUGAGAGCCGCGCGCAUCAGUGGUAGGAGGGGACAGAGCCGCUCCUGCGGGCGCACCGACAGCCCGACUCCGCAGGUGCCGCCCGGCUCGGCACGGCUCGACACGGCACGGCUCGCUUUGGACCCGCACGGCUCGGCGAGGCUCGGUUGGGCACGGCUCGGCGCGGCUCGGCUCGGCACGACGCGCUCACUACGAUGUGCCAUGGGCGGCCGCUCCGGCUGAGCCCCGGGCCGCAGCCCCCCGCCCCGCUGCCCCUGGGGCCGUAGGGCCGCGGCCCCGCGCCCUGCCCGACGAUGACCCAGCCGUGGCCGGCGUUCCGCGGCGUGCUCUGGGAAUACUGCGCGGCUCUCCUGCUCGGAGGCUUCUGGGGACACUGCUCGCAUGGGAUGCCUCAUGUCAUCCGGAUAGGAGGGAUCUUUGAGUACACCGAUGGCCCCAACACGCAGGUGAUGAGCGCAGAGGAGCAAGCCUUCCGAUUUUCUGCCAACAUCAUCAACAGGAACAGAACGCUGCUGCCCAACACCACGCUGACCUACGACAUCCAGAGGAUACACUUCCACGACAGCUUUGAAGCCACCAAGAAAGCCUGUGACCAGCUGGCUCUCGGCGUCGUAGCAAUAUUCGGACCAUCCCAAGGCUCCUGCACCAACGCUGUGCAGUCCAUCUGCAAUGCCCUGGAGGUGCCACACAUCCAGCUCCGGUGGAAGCACCACCCUUUGGAUAACAAGGACACUUUCUACGUCAACCUUUAUCCUGACUAUGCUUCCCUUAGCCAUGCCAUUCUGGACCUGGUGCAGUACUUGAAAUGGAGGUCAGCCACUGUGGUUUACGAUGACAGCACAGGCCUCAUCCGGCUGCAGGAGCUCAUCAUGGCCCCAUCACGGUACAACAUCCGCCUGAAGAUCCGCCAGCUGCCGCUGGACACGGACGAUGCACGGCCUCUGCUGAAGGAGAUGAAGCGGGGCAGGGAGUUCCGCAUCAUCUUCGACUGCAGCCACCUGAUGGCAGCCCAGAUCCUCAGGCAGGCCAUGGCAAUGGGAAUGAUGACGGAGUACUACCACUUCAUCUUCACCACUCUGGAUCUUUAUGCACUAGAUCUAGAACCAUACCGCUACUCUGGAGUGAACCUGACUGGUUUCAGGAUCCUCAAUGUGGAGAAUCCCCACGUGUCCUCCAUCAUCGAGAAGUGGGCGAUGGAGAGGCUGCAGUCUGCGCCCAAAGCAGAGCUGGGGCUGCUCGACGGCGUGAUGAUGACAGACGCGGCCCUGCUGUAUGAUGCUGUGCACGUGGUGUCUGUGUGCUAUCAGCGCGCCCCGCAGAUGACGGUGAAUUCCCUGCAGUGUCACCGGCACAAGGCCUGGCGCUUCGGAGGACGAUUCAUGAACUUCAUCAAGGAGGCCCAGUGGGAAGGACUCACCGGACGCAUCGUCUUUAACAAGAGCAGCGGUCUACGCACAGAUUUUGACUUGGACAUCAUCAGCCUGAAAGAAGACGGCCUUGAAAAGGUGGGUACAUGGAACCCCUCCAAUGGUCUGAACAUCACCGAGAUCUCCAAGGGACGAGGGCCCAACGUCACGGACUCACUGAGCAACAGAUCUCUGAUUGUCACCACUGUGCUGGAGGAACCCUUCGUCAUGUUCCGCAAAUCUGACACGGCCCUGUUUGGGAACGACCGCUUCGAGGGGUACUGCAUCGACCUGCUGAAGGAGCUGGCUGUCAUCCUGGGCUUCACCUACGAGAUCCGCCUGGUGGAGGACGGCAAGUACGGAGCACAGGACGACAAGGGUCAGUGGAACGGGAUGAUCAAGGAGCUCAUCGACCACAAAGCUGACCUGGCUGUUGCUCCUCUCACCAUCACCCACGUACGGGAAAAAGCGAUAGACUUCUCCAAGCCCUUUAUGACCCUGGGGGUCAGCAUUCUGUACCGGAAGCCCAACGGGACCAACCCCAGUGUGUUUUCCUUCCUCAACCCUUUGUCUCCUGAUAUUUGGAUGUACAUUCUCCUCGCCUACCUGGGGGUCAGCUGCGUGCUCUUUGUCAUAGCCAGGUUCAGCCCAUACGAGUGGUACGAUGCACAUCCCUGCAACCCAGGCUCAGACAUCGUGGAGAACAACUUCACCCUGUUCAACAGCUUCUGGUUCGGGAUGGGCGCGCUGAUGCAGCAAGGCUCUGAGCUGAUGCCCAAGGCUCUCUCCACGCGGAUCAUCGGUGGCAUCUGGUGGUUCUUCACCCUCAUCAUCAUCUCGUCCUACACGGCCAACCUCGCCGCCUUCCUGACGGUGGAGAGGAUGGAAUCCCCCAUUGACUCAGCAGACGACCUGGCAAAGCAAACCAAAAUCGAGUAUGGGGCUGUGAAGGACGGCGCAACCAUGACCUUCUUUAAGAAAUCCAAAAUUUCCACCUUCGAAAAAAUGUGGGCUUUCAUGAGCAGCAAACCCACAGCUCUCGUUAAGAACAACGAGGAAGGAAUCCAGCGGACCCUGACAGCUGAUUACGCCCUGCUGAUGGAGUCCACCACCAUCGAGUACAUCACCCAGAGGAACUGCAACCUCACCCAGGUCGGGGGGCUCAUCGACUCCAAAGGCUACGGGAUUGGGACACCCAUGGGCUCACCGUACCGGGACAAGAUCACCAUCGCCAUCCUGCAGCUGCAGGAGGAGGACAAGCUGCACGUCAUGAAGGAGAAGUGGUGGCGGGGGAACGGCUGCCCUGAGGAUGAGAACAAGGAGGCCAGUGCCCUGGGCAUCCAGAACAUUGGUGGCAUUUUCAUCGUGCUGGCAGCAGGUUUGGUGCUGUCGGUCUUUGUGGCCAUGGUGGAGUUCAUCUACAAGCUGCGGAAGACGGCGGAACGUGAGCAGCGCUCCUUCUGCAGCGCGGUGGCCGAUGAGAUCCGGCUGUCGCUCACCUGCCAGCGCCGGGUCAAGCACAAACCACCCCCACCCGUCAUGGUGAAGGCAGAUGCUGUGAUCAACAUGCACACCUUCAACGACCGCCGGCUGCCAGGGAAGGACAGCAUGAGCUGCAACACCGGCCUGACGCCCGUGUUCCCAUAGGCAGCAGAAACUGGGGGCGGGAGGGAAGGAUGUGCAAAGGAUUUGCUCCGAAGUGGGGGA